UUAAUAGAGUGUCUUUCUUUCUUUUCCUUUUAAUUAAUUACCUUUCUAUCAAUUAUGGAAAUGUGGAUGCUAUUUGUAGUGUUAAUAGUGUCAAUUUUAGGGUGGUUACUAUGGUGGUGGAAUGAGUUUUGGUAUGUGAGUCCGGUUACAACAAGGUGUUUAACGCUCAAAAUCAAAAUGCCUCCGGGCCACUUGGGAUUCCCUUUCUUUGGGGAAGCUCUCUCAUUUUUAUGGUUCUUUACCAUAAUCGGCCGACCUGAUAAUUUUAUCUCCUCCAAGCGACACAAGUAUGGACAUAAUGUGGGAAUUUACAGAACUCAUCUGUACGGGUCUCCAAGCAUCAUAGCAUGCUCCCCAUCUCUUUGUAAAUUUGUACUGAAUUCAAGUGACAAAUUUGUACAAGAAUGGCCAACCAUACAAGUUUUAGGUACUAAAUCUGUAAUAACACUUGAUGAGGGAACACUCCAUGGUAUUAUCAAGAGUUUUAUUGUGAAAUCUAUCAACCGUCCCGAUUCACUUUCUAAGAUUGUGCACCAAAUCCAGCCUACCAUUGUUGCUGCCCUUCAAUUAUGGUCUCAAAUGCCUAAAAUUAAGACGUUUGAUCAAGUUAAAAAGGUAACACUUGAUUACACAAUGAGAUAUACCGCUCAUCUUGAAGAAGGUACUCCAAUCGACGCUAUUGAGAAGCUAUUUGAGGGUAUAGUUUAUGGCUUUAGAGCCCAACCAUGGAACAUUCCCGGAACAACCUAUCAUCAUGCCCUCAAGUGUCGGGAGAAGAUAACCGAUAAGCUGAAGGCGGAGCUGGAGAAAAGGAAACAGAAGAAGAAAGAUGAGAGUAAUGUGGAGAAAAAGAUGCAGAAGAAGAAAGAUAAGAGUAAUGUUGAAGGAGAGAUUAUUACAAUUAGUGAUAUAAUGGAUGGAUUAAUGGAAAUGAAGGAUGAAGAAGGGAAACAAUUGAGCGAUGAAGAGGUGUUAGAUAAUGUUGUGAGCACCAUCCUCAUUGGCCAUAUUUCCAUUGCUUAUGCAGUUACAUGGUCUCUACAAUUUUUAGCUAAAUCCCCUCAUGUUCUUCUAAAGCUUCGGGAAGAGAAUAAGGCUAUGUUUAAGGAGAAGAACGAGGGUUGCAUCACAUAUGAAGAUAUCUCGAAGCUAAAGUACACUAAUAAGGUUGCGGAAGAAACAAUUAGGAUGGCAAACCUCUCUGCAUUUGUUUUCAGGAAAGCAACCGAUGAUAUCGAAUUCCAAGGUUACAUAAUACCAAAAGGUUGGAGUGUUCUUGUUUGGCUAAGAGGCCUCCACAAUGAUCCAUCACAUUUUGAAGAUCCAAUGUCAUUCAAUCCAGAUAGAUGGGAUACGCGCCCGAAACAUGGAACAUACCAACCCUUUGGGGGAGGAUCAAGAUCUUGCCCGGGAAGCGCGCUCGUACGAGUCUCUUUAACUAUUUUCCUUCAUCAUUUGUCCAUUGGCUACAAAUGGGAAUUGCUUAAUCCUAGCGCAAGGGUCAAUUAUCUUUCACAUCCAUUACCUACUGACGGCCUUGAAAUUACUAUUACCAAACUUUAAGGAAUUAAGGAAUGAAAUGUUGGAAGUUCUAGUUUGUGAUAAUUAUUUGGCAAAUUCAUAAUAUCACAAUUAUUAAAAAGUGGAUCAAGUGGUCCAUUUGAAAUUUCCAAUAUUAGCAAUAUCGAUUGACUAUAUAAAUAUGAUUUUACGUUUUAUAAAUAUGAUUGUAUGUUUUAUGAAUAAGGUCAGAGUAAUAAAUAAACUAGAGUGUUUAUUGGAGUAUAGAGAAUUAGCUUGUAACUAGCUUGUAAAUACGAAGUAUAAAUAAGUAGUUUGUAAUAUCUCACAUCAAUUACAUCAUUAAUAAAAAUGUAGUCCUUUACUUUCUCACUCAAGGCUACAAGCUCUCAAGC